AAAGCCAACCAGCACAGCUCAGUGUUUGCGUGGCAAUAGAAGUCAGGUUGGCAUGGCAGGGCUGGACAAUAUGGCUCCACAACAAACAAUGGAGUAACACCUGCUUCCUCCCUGCUACACGUACUCUCGUCUCCGGUCUGUUCACACAGUCUGUGACUCACUGCUUUCAGUAGGAAGUGGCAGGCUGUAUUUUCUGCCCUGACGUCUUUGCUGUGGACAUUUCUGUUUAAAUUGUCUCUUGAGGAAGAUGAUGACGAAGAUGGAGCAGAGCUCUUGCACUGAGGAUCGGAUCCAGCAUGUCCUGGAGCGUUGCCUCUGUGGCCUGGGCCUCAACACUCCUGACAAGCAACUCUGGAACGCCGGGCUGUGCAUAAGCCGCUGGUGUUUGGAGGAACUUGUGAAAAGAGAUCCGCACAACUUCCUCAUCCUUUUGCUGAAAAUACUGAGGAAAACAAAGGAGGUGCUAGAGCAGUGUCGGUAUGAGCUGGUGGUGCCCCUCACUCUCCUGUUCUCUUCAACCCUCCUAAAGGCUCCUCAUGUGGCUCCAGAAGUGCUCCAGGAGGCCCACCGGUUGUUUCACAGUUUCCUGGCCUGGCCGGAGCCGUGCAGCUCUGCCAGCAAACGCCUCCUGAACAUCAUCCAGCAGGAGCUCCGAGCACCAGGCAUUUCAUUUCAAAGACUGGUUCGGACAGAGCAGGGUAUUUCCCCUGAGAUUCACUCCAAAACAAUGACGGUGCUGUUAGUGAGCCCAGAUGAGGACGUCCCUCCAGAGGUCCAGUCUGUCUCAGAGCAGCUGCGCUGCGCCGCGCCCUCCAGCAGAGACGUUGCCAUCCUCCUCAUUCUGCACGGCUUCCACGCAACACUGGGCACCGAUAGCGACCCGCAGGCGCUCCAUGCUGCCCUGCAGACAAAGCACCCUGAGGAGCUGGAGCAGCUCAUGGAGGCCGUGACCGACCGAAUGGAGACAGCCGCCUCUACAGCCGGUCUCAGCGCAGCCAGACAAGGUCUAGUACACAGCAUGGAGAGGCUCAGGGAAAGCAUUGUGGUUCCUUCUCCCGCUGAUGGCUGCCUAGAUACUGGGGCUGUGGAGACUUCCAUGCUGCCCUUCCCCAAAUGUCAAACAUGCUCUUGGGAAAACGACAACUUUGAUGUUCUGAACGGCAUUCUGGAGUCCAACCUGGACCCCCCUCCAGACUGUUUCCUCAAAACAGAAGUGGAUGAGGACGAUAACUAUGACACCAGCGUGGAUGAGGAAGACGAGUUGGAGGGGAACAAAGUGCACGACGGGCUUCAGAACCACCGCGUCUCCAGCGCAUCUUCUUCCUCGAGGGACUCCGGCUACUCGCUCUUCUCCAGCUGGUCCGCCGUCUCCACGCUGUCUGGCUCGUCGGGGGUGGAGAGCGACUUCAGCGAGGAAGCAACACACAAGGACACGGAGGACGAACAAAGCAGCCAACCAAAGCUUAGGAAGAAACCCAAAAAGAAGUCCAGAUCCAUCUUAGGCGUUGAGCGUUUCUCGUCGCUUUUCAAGAGCCCCCGUAGCCCGAGCGUUUGCCGGCGGGUCCAGAGCAUGGGCUACCGUGAAGACUUCAUCAAAGACGAUCACAGAACUGGCUCGCAGCUCAAAUACUCAACGACCAUGUCUAGACACGUUCAAUCUCUGCAUGCGUCCACUGCCACCCUGGACCCCCUUGCCCCAAGGAAGCACGUGUGCGUUCGCAGGAGGCCGAUCCUGAGCUGCCACGAAGUCGAUGUAACGGAGGCGCCAACCCUGCUCAAAGUGGUGGUGUUCGGAGGCGACAGAGAAGCCGGAAGGCUGGCCAGGGCGUACAACGACCUGCAGCAGAGAGAGAGCAAAUUCCCCCGACUGACCAAGACGUGCAAACUGCAGUUUUACCUUGUUCCCACCAAAAGGAGAAUGAUAGCAGUCCCGGGAGGAGGACACACAACAACUGAGGGGCCGAUGGGAAGUUCAACCAAAGCUGCUGCCGCUGUGGAGUCUAAUGGCGGCGUACUGGAUGACAGCUCCACUGAUAUCGCCCAGAUGUUGGGCUUGAUCGACCCCUGGUACGAGCAGAACGUCCUCAGCCUGCUCAGCCUGUCCUCAGACGUCCUUUGUCAGACGGCUUGUAAGGAAGGUGAUGAGUCAGUAAGCAGUAGCAGCGUGGAGCGACUCACCCUGCUGGCCGACAUGGUGCUUUACUACUGCCGACAUGCAGACCAGCCGGUUCUGGUGCAGCUCUACCAGGCCGAGCUGACCCUAGCUGGAGGAGAGAAGAGAAGGGAAGUCUUUAUUCACUCUCUGGAGCUCGGGCACACUGCUGGGACCAGAGCUGUUAAAGCCAUGGGUGCUGCCAGCAAAAGGUUUGGAAUUGAUGAAGAACGGGAGGCUGUCCCUUUAACACUAAGUGUUGCCUACAACAAGGUGGCUGUUAGCGGGAGGAGCCAGUGGACGCAGACAGAGAUGGUUUGCACAUCGAUCAAUCUUUACAAAGCCUGCCGGAAACCUGAGCAGCUAGAUUCAAGAAUAGAAAGUCUGCAGCUGACAAUGACAGAAGUCCUGAAGAGGCAGUGCUCCAAGUCUAAAAAGGGCUACAAUCAGCACAUCUCCGUCUCAGAGGUGAAGGUGGACAAGGUGCAAAUGAACGGUGAAGACGCUGGGACAACUUUUGCUGUGUGUCUGGAUCAGGAUGAGAAGAAGUUCAUCCAAAGUGUCACCAGGUGUGAUGUGUCUCUGUGCUGCAAACCAGGAAGCGGUUCAGACUGGAGGACCUACAAGCCGUCGCCUGGCCAAGUCCAGCCUCUGCACCCGUCCUACUGCUCUCUGCUCUGUCUGCCCAUCACCUCCUUUACCGCCUCAUUUCCCUGACAAACUUUUUAUUACUCUGAAAGAAUCCACUGGACGUUUAAACCAAAGCAACACAGGAUGCAGAUACAGAUAGAGAAAAAGGAAGGAGAGAACAGUAAGCAGUAAUGGCAAGUGCCUUUUCCACACUUUCCAUUUUCAAUGAAAGCAGCUGUGCAAAGCAUUCUGGUAGCAUCGCAGGACUUUGGGUUUGCCCGCUACUCAUUUGCAUAACAAUAAAUCUAGCAGUGGCGAAAGAAGGAUUCAGGUCCUGAA